UCCACCUCACGCGAGGAGACGACUUCCCAGAAAAGUGUACUAUAAAAUGCAGUCUUGCGGUACUAGAUGACAGCGAAAAGUUAAUUUGUAAAUUCAGCAAAUGAAAUAAGUUUAUGAAAUGGCACAUAGAACUGUACCCGAAAGACAGUUACGGAGAAGAUCAGAAAGCCUUCCACCUCACGCGAGGAGACGACUUCCCAGAAAAGUGUACUAUAAAAUGCAGUCUUGCGGUACUAGAUGACAGCGAAAAGUUAAUUUGUAAAUUCAGCAAAUGAAAUAAGUUUAUGAAAUGGCACAUAGAACUGUACCCGAAAGACAGUUACGGAGAAGAUCAGAAAGCCUUCCACCUCACGCGAGGAGACGACUUCCCAGAAAAGUGUACUAUAAAAUGCAGUCUUGCGGUACUAGAUGACAGCGAAAAGUUAAUUUGUAAAUUUAGCAAUAUAACUAAGGUUUUCACAAAUAAAAAUGGUCGUGGAUAUUUUAGAUGUUUUGCAAAGCAUUCUUUUUUCCAGUCGCUAAAAAACGAUGUUCUGAUCAUGGAAUACACUUUGAAGCCUAUUUCUGAGUCAAGCCAACAAGAGAUACUGCCUCCAUUUCCUUACAAAAGUGGGCUCUUCACGGACACAGUCCUGCGUACCAGCAACGAGUCAUUCAAUGUGCAUAAAGCUAUUUUAUGGGCGAGGUGUCCCAAGCUGGCAGAAAGCCUCGAUGGAGAUGAACCUUGUGAGCAGGCUUUGGAUGUCAGAUCGGAUGUGUUGGAGACUAUCAUCAAAUAUGUUUACACCGGCGAAAUAGAUUUUAAGGGAUCUGAGCUGUUGCCAAAAGUGUACGCUGCUGCUGUAAAAUACGAGCUUCUCAGUCUGAGUUCUCUGCCAGUUAUGACGAAGAAGGCCCGAACUCGCAUUAAUACAGAGAAAAUAUCCUUUGACUGGCCGAUAGAAAAUGUUCACAGCUUGCCCGUUAAUUCCGUGUUACACAGUCACGUUUUCACGGUCCACGUUUUGCCAUCUUGCGGAUGGAAUUUAAUCUUUCAAAUGCGCGAAGUAUCUGAUCUUAAUCUACUUUUCACUGUGUCCAUUUACAAAGUAUACGGCAAUAAACCGAAGACGGCUUUCGUGCGAAGCAAAAUAUCCUUCGUCGAGAAUGGUGAAAAUUAUUCCUCCUUUGAAAUAAAUGAACACUUAUUUGAAAGAGAUGAAAAGUGGCAAUGUGUAGAGCUUUCACUAAGUCGUAUCUCACAUCGCGAAGAUGUACUACUACUCAAGUGUGAAUUUAAAUUUUCUAUUCGUCAUUACUCUUCUGAGAUUCUGGAAUCUUCGUGUGGUUUCCCCUCUUCUAUAAAAUGCCAUUAUUUCAAGGAUGACCUAAGAAAUCUUUUUAAGAGUGGAAAGAAAGCGGAUUUAAAUAUAAUAGUCGGUUCGAAAACCUUCUUAGCUCAUAAAUUUAUUCUCUGCGCUCGAUCUUCAGUAUUUUCUAGAAUGUUCGAAACAGAAAUGAUUGAAUCGAAAAACGGCACCCUUACGAUUUCUGAUGCGGAUCCCGAUAUAAUUGCUGAAAUGUUACUGUUUAUGUAUUGCGGUUGCUUGGAAAAACCUUUGGAGGAAACUGCUAUGCGUCUGUACACAGCGGCUGAUAAAUACGAUGUUUCGUAUCUCAAGAAGAAGUGCUCUUCUUUUCUGAAGGAAAAUCUUUCCCGUGAAAAUGUGUGUAAAGUACUCCGGUUAGCCGAUUUGCAUUCAGAUGAGGACUUGCACGAAAGUGCAUUAGCUUAUUUUGUUGACAAUGCCACGAACGUUUUCUCAACUAGUGAAUGGCAAGAAGUCGCAAAAGAUAGUUUCUGGGUUAAACUUUUGGAAAAUGUGAUUGCUCAUAAAAUCUCUGCAAAAUAAUUCGUUUAAAAUGUGAUUAAAGAUCAUAGUUUUGAAGACACUUUUAAGAAAUUGU